AUGUUCUAUCUUCGUUGUUACCGUGUGCCCUAACAGGGUUGUUUCGGCUAACAUGUGCACCCAAGGUAUCCAUUUCAAGAAAUAGUCUAAUGGUAAGAUGUGUUAUCUCCUACGCUACAUUUUCCCCAUAACCUUUAAUAACAUCUAACUUAUACAACUAAUCUGUGACAUGAAGAUAGCUAACAGGGAGUUCAUUUCGUCGCUAGCACCGGAGAUAUGGAACCAAGUUAUGGAAAGUUUCGAGUGCUGUAAGAGCUGGAGAGCUGGGAAAUAAUUUGGAUGAUGAUUGGGAGGAUUAUUCAGAGGGCGGUUCAACUUUUGUUUUAGGACCAGAAAACAAAACGGACAAAGCAAAGAUGUGGGAUACAGUAUUGCAUUUGGAGGACAUUCAAGAAACUAUUGGAGUUCAACGGAUUGUGUCGCCUCUGAGGAGAAAUCUUACCAACUAG